GCGGAGGAGGCUCUUCCACUCAGACUCGUCGCGGCUCGUCUCCUCUGCUGCAGCCGGAGCGCCUCUCGUCAUGUGGCGGUCAGCAGGAGUGGGUACCGCCGGGCAGAAGGAGGAGGAGGAGGCCGGUUAGAAGGACCAGGCAGACCCAGACCCAGACCCAGGCAGGCAGGCAGGCAGACAGGGGUGUAGGAGCGGGGCACAGGGUGGGUCCGUGUGCAUUCAAUGCCUGUGUGCUGUGUGAGCUCCUCUGCAUCAUGCUGUACUUCCAGCUGGUGAUCAUGGCCGGGACCGUCAUGUUGGCCUACUACUUCGAAUACACCGACACCUUCAGCGUGCACGUGCAGGGCUUCUUCUGCUACGACACCGCCUACACCAAACCGUACCUGGGACCGGAGGACAGCAGCGCCGUCCCGCCGGUCCUGCUCUACACCCUGGUGGCCGGACUGCCCACGCUGCUGAUCACCGUAACGGAGACCGUGCUGUUCCUGGUCCAGUACACGUCCAAAGAGUUCGACAGGUCAGAGAAGACCGUGGCCACCGGGGACUGCUGUUACCUGAACCCGCUGGUGCGCAGGACCUUCCGCUUCCUCGGGGUCUACACCUUCGGCCUCUUCACCGUUGACAUCUUCGUUAAUGCUGGUCAGGUGGUCACAGGGAACCUGGCGCCCUACUUCCUGACGGUCUGUCGGCCUAACUACACCUCCCUGGGCUGCCAUCAGGCGCUGCGCUACAUCAGCCAUCAGGAGGCGUGCACGGGGAACCAGGACGACAUCCUGCGCGCUCGCAAAACGUUCCCGUCCAAGGAGGCGGCGCUGAGCGUCUACGCCGCGCUCUACCUGGCUAUGUACGUGACGUGCACGGUGCAGGCGAAGGGGACCCGUCUGGCCAAACCCGUGCUGUCCUUGGGCCUCAUGUGUCUGGCAUUCCUCACCGGGUUGAACCGCGUGGCUGAAUACCGCAACCACUGGUCGGACGUCAUCGCCGGGUUCAUCAUCGGCACCGCCAUCGCAACGUUCCUGGUGGUGUGUGUGGUCCAUAACUUCAAAGGCAAGUUACUGCUGAGUGAAGAGACCCCAGCGGAGCAGCAGUCCACCAGCGCCAUGCUGAACAUGGGCCGAGUGGAGAGUCCUCUGGAGAAGUACAUCGCCUCCCAGAAUCACAUCGCGUUCGCAGAGGUCACAUGACGUGGAGUCGGCGGUGUGGCAGACCCACUGGACGUCCACGCUCUUCACCAUUCACCCCAAUUAGAGGCAGCGCGGCGCUAACCCACCCCAUCAUCCUGUGUGUGUGUCUGGUCUGCGGUACGUCCUUCUAUAUGUCGUCUUCAUAUCAGGCCCCUCGUGUCAUUUACAGCUUCUUGUAUUUACGGGAAAAAAAAAUCAACAAAGAUGCUUUUCCUCCAUCUAUGCACUUAUACCGAAUCCUUGGCGGACUCUCGCUUCGCAACCUUUCGCAGCUCGUUGAAAAGGCAAAGCUUGAAGCGGACGUGUUGCAAAAACUGUGGGAAAAACAACAGAUCGGACCUGGAUUUGAACCAUCGCCGCUUUGGCCGAGUUGUAAUAUUUUCUCACACUUUUGUUAUUUUGUGAG